CUGUGUCUCCUUCAGGUAUCCUUGGCACUCUCUCAUUGGUCUCCUUUGGUCCGCCGGAUGUUGGCCCGACUCCUCCCCUGGAUACUCGCGUGCUGGCUCCUCCUGGUGGUGGUUUCCUGACAGUAGUUUUUCCACCAACUGCCUCCGAGUCCUCUCGUCUCCGCAUCCUCCUUGCAGUUAGCACCGUCUGUUCUAAAACAUUCCCUUCUUGCACAUUCUUGCACCACAUACCCUGUUUCGUUCCACCAGUCACACACUCAGCACUUUACAGUCUCACACUUUCAUACACAGGAUGCAGCAACAUCUAAUGAACUACUUUAAGCUCAAACUCUUAUAUUCCUUUAACGCAUUUCACUUGUUCAUUUGUUGUCUCUAUGACGUCCUAUUUCAGACAGAAAUGUUUCCUCGCAUUUGAAAAUCAAAUUCAUUUGCAGGGUUCUCCAUCCAUCCAUUUUCUUUGCUGCUUAUCCUCAUUAGGGCCGCGGUGAAUGCUGGAGCCCAUCCCAGCUGUCAACGGGCAGGAGGCGGGGUACACCCUGAACCGGUUGCCAGCCAAUCACAGGGCACAUACAGAUGAACAACAGUCACACUCACAAUCACACCAUGGGGCAAUUUAGAGUCUCCAAUUAAUAUUGCAUGUUUUUGGGAUGUGGGAGGAAACCGGAGGAAAUCCAUGCAGGCACGGGGAGAACAUGCAAAUUCCACACAGGCGGGGCCAGGAUUCAACCCGUGACCUCAGAACUGUGAGGCCAACGCUUUACUAGAUGAUCCACCGUGCCCUCUUGCAGAGUUCUAUAUUUUGAAAUUCAUCAACAAUUUCACAGAAAAUGUAUUUUCUUGCUUAUCCACUGAUGAAGUUUGGGAAAAUAUUUACAUCACUUUUUCACAAAAAAAACGUCGGCCUCCAAAGGUGAAGCAGAGAGGGAACAGUGAACAACAACAACAACAACAACCGUAAACAAAACUUUGCUCUGCUCAUCAGAAAAUAAAAAAAAAUAUAUUACAAACAAACUUUAACAGUGUCAAAGUAAAUCUUUGAAAUUUAGCUGUGGAAUGUUUUCUCAUAGCCACGAAACUGGCGAUUAACUUAAUCGCUGUCUCCGCACGUCUGCCUAGUUGUUUUGGGAGUAUCAAGAUGGCGGAUGGCGAUUUCAGUUCGGUGGCCAAUGAGUCAGCCAGUCUUUUUUUUUUUUUUUUAGAUCAGUGGGUCUCGCUGGUAACUUCAUAGCAAUCUGUUUUGGGUCUUGAAUAUAGCAGUCCAAAUGAUGCCUGAAUAUCGUGUAGUUCCAAAUAAUAUUCCAUGUGGAUGUGCUUUCAUACAAAACCAUUUAAAAUGAGGGACAGAAUCUUGUGUUGGUCCUCUGGCAAUAGCUGGGUUUGCAAGAGCACGAGCUCUUGCCACCAAAUGGAAUGAUUAUCCGAAACUUGCUUCAAGACCCUUUCAUCCACAAAGAGAUGGCUUUGUGAUGGGUGAGGGAGCAGCUGUGCUCCUACUGGAAGAACUGGACCACGCAGUAAAGCGUGGAGCCAGAAUGUAUGCUGAGGUGUUGGGAUACGGACUCUCAGGAGAUGCCAGCCACAUAACUACACCCACUGCAGAUGGAGAUGGCGCAUUCAGAUGCAUGACAGCUGCCAUCAAAGAUGCUGGCAUUUCUCCUGAAGAUGUGUCUUACGUGAAUGCUCAUGCCACAUCCACACCUUUGGGUGAUGCAACGGAAAACACUGCCAUCAAGAGGCUCUUUCAUCAAAGUGCAGGAAAGUUGGCUGUGUCCUCCACCAAAGGAUCCACUGGACAUUUGCUUGGGGCUGCAGGAGCUCUGGAGACAGCCAUCACCGCUCUGGCUUGCUACCACAAUAUCCUGCCCCCGACCCUUAAUUUGGACUGCACUGAGCCAGAGUUCAACCUUAACUAUGUUCCCUGUAUCGCGCAGCCAUGGGAGACUUUGGGUAGAAGGGUUGCCCUCACAAAUUCAUUUGGAUUUGGAGGAACAAAUGCCACACUCUGUAUUGCCAACAUCUGAAAAUCGGAACUUGUUUUAACGUACUUUCCUGGGGUUGUGACAUUUUAAGGAUAAAAUAAUCUUCAAAGACCGAUAACUAUACACAUACAUACCAUACAUAAGUACUGUUUAUACAUAUUUGUGACCCUCCACAUGAUUAAAUCCAUUGGAAGUC